AUGGCUAUUUGUGGUGGCUGCUUUGUAGAACAAAGCAUUACAGAAUUUAUUUUGUCUCAUCACGCUAAUGCCAUUCAUGAGGUUGUGGAUGAGACCAAAGGAAAAUUUGGUGUGUUGAGGAAACUGAACCACAAGCUUGCUGAAAUUAUCCUGGGCACGGUAUUGCAGCUAAUUCUAGGGUCGCCGACGAUGCUUCCAGCGGUGGAUGUGCAAAGCUGGUUGCGCGUCGGUGGGGCCGUGGCUGUAGCGGGCGAAGAUGAAGUAACUGAGGAAGACAAAAACGACGAAAAUGAAUUUAGCGAUGAACAAAAAAAGGACGAGCAAGAUGACAGUUGA